AUGGUGGCGCAGUUGAUAGAGCUGCCGCCUCUCAUCAAGAAGGUCGCCAAAUUGAAUACCAGCCGAGGGGGCCAUUCUGGGUACCAAGGUCACAUGGGUUCAUCAGUGAUAGUAGGAGGAGUCGAUGUGACCGGGGCUCACCUGUACAGUGUCUAUCCACAUGGCUCUUACGAUAAGCUGCCUUUCCUCACCAUGGAGAAUGUGGUCCAUUUGAUGACAGUUCCACAGCAUCCAGUGUUUGAGAUUGGAACCAACUUCACGGCUACAUGUGUGAUCACGAACACCACUGAAGUCACUGCAGAUGAUCUCUACUGGAACAUGUCAAAGACUCGUGUUCCCAAAGAACACUAUACAAAGAUCAACUCAACAGCACUUGCUAUCACUGUCCCCAUCACAAGUGAAAAAUCUGAGUGGUUAUUUUGUCACAGCAAGGAAACGUCUCCCUAUGUCACCCUGAACAAAAGCAGAUUCAUUCAUGGGAUUUGGCUCAAAACAGGCUACCGUCCAGAGAGACCAAUGAAUCUGACCUGUGUAGCGCUACAGGAAAACGAUUCCAUCUCUCCAUCAAUCAUCUGUAAAUGGGAAGCGGUUGGACGUCAAACCACAGAGGUCCGAACAACUUUUACAGCAUUUGUUAAAGACAUCUUGUCUGGUGAAACAUUUAACGCAUCAACAAUUCAGAAUAAUGUCCAAGUGACUCUAAAACUUUUCCCCAACUUUAUGCCUCUGGAUGUCUGGGUGGAGGCUCGUAAUCUACUGGGAGCAGAAGAGUCUGAACAUCUGACUAACGAAUCCACCUGCUUUGUGAAAACCAACCCUCCAGCUGUACGAGCCAUUUCAGAGUCUGUUUUUCCCACAUCGCUUCUCGUGAGCUGGACUAGUCCUAUUGAUGAAGUGUAUAUAAAACUGAAAUAUCAAAUCAGAUUCUGCCCAAGCGGAUCUCAAAUUUGGAGUUAUGUUCCUCCUGAAGACACCGCAAACCCUACAAAUUCUUUCAGACUGCAGAAUCUUCGGCCAGACACAGUUUAUGUCAUUCAGAUGUCCUGCAAAUAUCGUAAGAACUGUGGUUACUGGAGCAACUGGAGCUCGAAUGAAACUACAAGAACUGCAGAGGGUCAACCUUCAAGUAAACCAGAUUUAUGGAAAAUUGUUGAUAGUGGCAUGAAUGAACAAGAAGUGCAACUCAUUUCUAAGGAUCCUGAACUUGCCAAUGGGAAAAUAACGUCAUUUGUUAUGAAAUUUAAAAGCUUGAAGAAUGACAGUUGGGCUGUAGAAAGUAUCCCAGUCAACUCAGACAGCAGAUCUAACACGAGGAGCAUACAUCGGCUAAAAAGGAUUUCCUUUGGUGGGAAACAGUUUGCAUUUGUGUGCGUUGCUGCCAUCAAUUCUGUGGGGGCGUCUCCUGAGGCGUGCUUGGCUAUCUUCUCAAAACCCCUUGAUCGUGUACCAAUUAAAGACAUGAUUGUUUUGCCUCAUAAUGGUCAGCUGUUUGUAGAAUGGAAACACGAUGCCCCAGCUGUGUCCGAGUAUGUCAUCGAAUGGGUCAGCGAUGGGAAAAUAGACUGGCAGAGAGAAAAUAAAACCACUAGACAGACUGUAAUUAAAGGGGCCCUUGAGCACUUUAUUUGCUAUAAUGUGUCUGUUUAUCCAAUAUACUCGGGAUGGAUCGGAAAACCAGCCAGUAAAGAAGCCUUUUUGGUGCAAGGAGCUCCACUACAGGGCCCGUCCAUCAACAAGAGCAGCCCAGGAUAUGAUCGAGUUGAGCUGGUGUGGGAUGAGAUUCCACUGCCUCUGAGACGGGGCUUCAUCAAAAACUACACUAUAUUGUAUAAAAAUGAGAAAGGCACACGGUCUGUAACAGUCCCAUCUAACACCACCUCCCACACCCUGAAGCCACUGGUGGGCAACACCAAGUAUGAUGUGUGGAUCAAAGCUUCAACCAUCAGUGGUUCAGCAGAGAGCGCUCGUCACUCAUUCACCACUCUAAAAUAUGCACCAGGAAUGGUUGAGGGCAUUGUGGUCGGAGUGAGCAUUGGUUUUCUGUUUCUGGUUCUCGUGACCGUCGUGCUCUGUCUCUACAAAAAGGAUGUCAUCAAGGAGAACUUCUGGCCUCAGAUUCCUAACCCUGGUGAGAGCACCAUUGGAAACUGGACUCCAGAUUAUCCCUUGAAGGCAGAGACUCCAAAGGAGAACUGUUUAUCUGGUGUCUGUGUGCUUGAUGAGGAUGAGCUGAAGCAUGGCUUUGAGGAGGACAAGACCAGCCUUUCUCUGAAGAAGGACAAAUAUCUUUCUGAGGAGCACAGCAGUGGCAUUGGCGGCUCCUCUUGCAUGUCCUCGCCUCGCCAGAGUGUGUCUGACAGUGAUGAGGGCGCCGACAUGGCCGACACCACCGCCAGCACUGUUCAGUAUUCCUCGGUUGUGGCUUCCAGCGGUUACAAGGGUCAGACCCCCAACUUGCAACCGCAGCAUUCCAUUUUUUCUCGGUCAGAGUCCACGCAGCCACUGCUGGACUCUGAAGAGAACCCGGACAUGUUGGUGCAAGAGGGUGGCAGACACUUCCAGAUGCGCUUCACUCACAGCUCAGAGAACCAAGAAACAACCAACCCACAUGACUUCAAGCAGAUGGAAUUGGACCAGCAGGACUUUUGCCCAAUUGAAGAGGACACUGAGUGGACGAUGCCGUCAGAGAACCAGUCGGCUGAUGUCGAACCAGGAUCUGUGUCCAGCUACAUGCCUCAGUUGAAUGGUUACAGACCUCAGUAAGAACGUAUUCUAAAGCUGUGUUUCCAUCGAUGAGUGCGACUCCACUCGGCUC